AUUCUCCGAAAAUCAGACCUACUGGGCUACAGAACUCCCGAGAUGAACUCGAGGGUCAUCGUAUCCAUGUUCGCGGAUGACACGACGGUUUUCCUACGAAAGGAGGAUGACUUUGUCAUACUUCAAAUGCUCCUGAAGGUUUGGUGCACUGCAUCUGGGGCUAAGUUCAAUAUCCACAAAACGGAGGUCAUACCUAUAGGGUCCAAAGAACACCGUGCCGAAGUGGUACGCACCCGCUGCCUUCGUAGAGGCAGUACACCGCUCCCUGAGAAUGUGCGGAUCGCAGCAGAUGGCACUGCUGUCCGCAUCCUGGGCGCCUGGCUCGGGAACGACAUCGACCAGUGCGCAGUGUGGUCGCCCAUCAUAGAUAGUAUCAGGGAACGACUCAACCAUUGGGGACGGCUCCACCCCACUAUUGAAGGACGCAGCAUCCUUCUCCAGUGGUUCGGUUGCGGAAAGACGCAAUACCUCACACAGGCUCAAGGUAUGCCGAAAGGGGUGGAGGCAGAGCUCUCCCGCAUCUUCCAGGACUUCACCUGGGACAAUGCUGGUAGGUCCACGAUAAACGCGGAGACUCUA